CCACAACAUAGUCGAACAGCUGCGGCCACGUGUGGGGCGGAUCCGUCUGUCGGCCGAGUCCCGUGGUGAUGAUCGCACUGUCGCCCUCUUUCAAUCGGGCAGGUAAGGCAGUUUUCCUUUGCCUGGUGGCUGUAGCGUAAGAAGUUGUUUGCUGGACAAGGCUGAAAGUGUCAUUCAUCAGAACAAUAAGAAACGAGUUGCAUAAAGAUCAUUGGCCUUUUUUGCACUUGCGCUCUCUUACAUAACGACAUGACAUAUAGAAACAUACAGAUCAUAAUCACGCAUUUAUUUCUUUUUCGAGCGGAAUAAGAACUUGGUAGUAGUUUUUUUUUUUAAUAAAAAGAUAUUUCAUCUGGUUGAGACAAUGCGUAUCCGUUGGUCCAAUGCGAAAUAUUUGACGUCCAUCUUUCUUCUAAUUUUCAUAAUUUUUACAUGUUUCGAGUGGACAACUCUUAAAAGCAAUAACUCGCGCAACCUAAAUUUUCAACAUGUUCAACAGAGACCACCUAAAGCCAUCAUUCAUUCUGCGCUUCCUAAUGUGCCAAUUCAUAAUACAGUUGUUGCUAAAAAGGAGGAAACUUCCCACCAAAAGAAAUUUUCUUCUAUUACUAUGAAAUACAAUAAAACUAAGAACGCUUUUGACUUCUUCAAGUUUAACUGCUCAAAACCAGUUGACAAAAGACAUAUCAAGGUUAGAAAGCAAAAAAUAUAUCAGAUAUUAAUGUUUAAUAAUGAAGCAGUAUAUCUAUAUAAAGUUUAUUAUGAUGAUCGUAAAUCCCACUGGGGUAGAAAGUAUAUUCAAAUUCUUGCAGUCGGUCCUAAAAUCAACAAAACAAUUUAUGCUGACUUAUGGUUUGGUAAAAACGUAAUGAGCAAAUCUGUGUCUUCAUGUAGUAUUACAAAGCAUGGUCGUGACUCAAAUAUUACUUCCAAGAUAUUCCUCCAGUAUUUCUUCAGCUGUGAAAUAAAAGAUAAUGAUAUUCCUAAAUAUGUAUCACUGAGUUUUGAUAGAUGUGCUCCGAGGUCGAAUCUCUUGCAUGUAGAAGUACCAGACAGAAAGUGGAAGCACAAAUUUGCCAUAUGUAUCGAGACUAGCUAUGGGCAUAUUGAUCCUUCUGUGAUUAUCGAAUUUGUCGAGUAUAAUAAAUUGAUGGGCGUUACUUCAAUCUCUGUCUACCCAUCGCAGAUUUCUACGAAUAACAGGAAAGUUUUUCAGCAAUACGAGAAAGAAGGAAUUAUGAGUAUUUCUGAGACACCAUCUCCUUUGGAAGGCGACAGUUGGAAGAUAUUAACGUUGAGUAGUCCGAUCUCUUUCAACGAUUGCAUGCUUCGACAAAUGUAUUCAGCGGAAUAUAUUAUUCCGAUAGACUUUGAUGAAAUCCUAGUCCCAAGAUUAUCUGCUAAAAAUUAUUCUGCGUUAUUGAAUGACAUUGAUUCUACAUAUCGCGCAAAGGAACCAUUUUCUAUAUAUUCAUUCCGGACGUUCAUAUUUUUCACAACGUGUGGGAGUAAAAUCCAAAAUCCAAAAUUUAGUAACAUUUUCCGCUUCGUGCAUCGAUUAAAAAGAUUUGGCCAUUUGAAAUCAAUAGUAAAUCCUCGCAAGUGCUUGAGUGUGUAUAAUCAUUACUGCAAAGUAAAUUUUAAACAUUUGAAAGGCCCUGGUGGGGUUUCGGUCGACACUAGUCUUGCUAGUGUCCACCACUAUCGAAAGUCAUGGUCACAAAACUUUUGUAAACUUUUAUAUUCGGAAAACACCAUUGAUACUUUAUGUAAAGACAAAUUCGGAAAAAUGUUGUCGAAACCUCUUCAGGAUAAAUAUAAUAUGUUUAAACGAUUACAUCUCGUCUAAAAAUAAAAGAACAUCGGUACUUCAUGUAAAAAUAAAUUCGGGCAGAAAUGGUAUUAUUUCAUUUUAUUUCAUUUUAUUUCAUUUUCAUUAAAAAAAAUGCUGUCUUGCGUUUUGAAGUGGGGAUUGAUGGAAUAUUUAAGAUACUGAUGACACUGAUAUUUUUAUCCUUGGAUAGCAACUGUCAUUUUCUAUUUGCUUACCCGUAGAAGGAAUGAAAAAUGGCUAAUAUUUCCUUUGCUUUUGUUACACUUAUUCAAACCCCAAAGAAUCCUUCUCAACACAUGCCUAUGAUGAUCCCCCAUUACUCCUGCCCGUGAUCAGAGAUGCACACAUUGGCAGCCACCCUCAAGGGGUUAGGGUCAAGCAACUGACAAGCAAAUCUGUGGUAUUUAGCAGAAUAUUUGCUAUAAUGAUUCAGCGCUGAAUCUGUCUAAAAUGUAAUGUAAAAUAGAUGAAUUUUAAAACAUUGAUGUCAAGAUCACAAAAGCAUAGUAGCCAUUUCCUUUCAUUUCUAGGUCGAAGCAUAUAGGAAAUAACGCUAACUGACCAAGGACAAAAGAGAGAGAGAGAGAGAGAGAGAGAGAGAGAGAGAGAGAGAGAGAGCGGAAAAAAGGACAAUUUUGUUACACAGUGUUAUCAGUUAUGUACAUAGUACCUCAGGGAAAAUUGGGUGAUUUUAAAGUUUUUCUUAUAGUUAAUCCACGGUAUUCUUCCAACGGGCGAAAAAAUAAUACUCUAUCAACACAGUCUGUUCAGUCUCAUAUGGUGUGGUUAAAUUCUUAAGUUUGUAUUCGAAGAUAAAUAAAAGUUAAAUUAAAAUCUGA